GGGAACCCUAAAAACAGUUUCUCCCUCUACUGAUUCAUCUCUCUCUCUCCUGUUUCUCCUGUUUGUCUAUCUCUUUCUCAUAUUUUGGAGAGACAGAGCUCUAAGAGCUUCCACUGAGCUUCUGGUUCGGCAUUGUUGUAUCUUCAUCUCGACGCUGUAAACAAGUGAAGGCUUUGGGUGAAAAUGGAUCCUUCCGAAGUGAAAACUGAAGAUCAGUUACCUCCCCCACCCCCACCUCCACCAUUGCCCCCUAAUGUGAUCCCCCAGCGCUUAGUUCCCAAGCUUAACCCCAUGGAGCGUAAAGGGUUGGGGUCGUCAGGUGAACGUAUCCGCUUGCUCACCAACCAUUUCCGAGUCAGCUUUAAUUCAUCUGACGAGUAUUUUUUCCAAUAUAGUGUUGCUCUUGCAUCAGAUGAAAAGAGAGCAGUUGAUGGCAAGGGAAUUGGUAGAAGGGUUUUAGAUAGAGUCUAUCAAACAUAUAAAGCGGACUUCUCCGGCAAGGAGCUUGCCUAUGAUGGAGAGCAUACCCUGUUCACAGUGGGUGCCCUUCCACAAAACAACAUGGAGUUCACAAUUGUUCUUGAGGAUUUGGCUUCCAAUAGGGGUGGGAAUGGUAGUCCCAGCGAGGUGGAAAGAAAGAGACAAAAGCGGCCAGGUCGCACCCAGACUAUCAAGGUCGAGAUAAGUUAUGCUGCGAAAAUUCCUUUGAAAUCUAUUGCGGCAGCCCUUCGAGGGGAUGCCACUGACAAAUCUCAGGAUGCUCUUAGAGUCCUGGACAUCAUCUUACGUCAGCAUGCUGCAAAGAAGGGUUGUCUUCUGGUUCGCCAGUCAUUCUUUCACCAUGAUCCGAAAAAUUAUGCGGACCUGGGUGGUGGUGUCACUGGUUGUAGGGGUUUUCAUUCAAGUUUCCGUCCUGCUCAAAGUGGGUUGUCAUUGAACAUGGAUGUGUCCACAACGAUGAUUCUGAAACCUGGUGAUAUGGUGGAUUUUCUACUGGCUAACCAGAAUGUUAAGACUCCCUACCAGAUUGAUUGGAAGAAGGCGAGGCGUGUGCUGAAGAACAUCAGAAUCUCCACGAGACACACAAAUAGGGAAUUCAAGAUUACCGGGUUCAGUGAAAACAUCUGCAAAGAGCAAUUAUUUUCAAUGAGGGUCAGAAAUGGAGAUAGCCCUGGUGGUAAUGAGACCAUUGAAGUAACUGUUUAUGACUAUUUUGUCAAUGAGAAGAAAAUCAAAUUGAAUUAUUCUGGGGACUUGCCUUGUGUCGAUGUUGGGAGGCCUAAACGUCCCAAUUACCUCCCUGUUGAGCUCUGUGUGCUCCUUCCACUGCAACGCUACACCAAGGCGCUCACUACAAUUCAAAGAUCAAACCUCGUUGAAAAAUCGAGGCAAAAGCCUGUGGAGCGCAUGCGGGUGCUAAAUGAUGCUAUGAGGCUCAAUAAUUACAAUGCUGAAACAUUAUUAAAAACAGCUGGGGUUUCCAUCAGCCAAAAUUUUACUGAGGUUGAAGGCCGUGUUCUGUCAGCUCCAAAGCUAAAAUUUGGAAAUGGGGAAGAUUUUGUGCCCCGUGGUGGUCGCUGGAAUUUCAAUAACAAGCAAUUACAUCGACCUACUCGAAUAGAGCGGUGGGUGAUUGUCAAUUUCUCUGCUAGAUGUGACACCAACUACCUUGCAAAUGAAAUGGUGAAAUCUGGUCAGAGGAAAGGCGUUGUUAUUGCCCCUCCCUUCUGUGUGAUUGAAGAAGAUCCUCGUGCAAGGUGCCCUAAUCCAUCUGUUAGGGUUGAUCGAAUGUUUGAAAACAUGAAGUCCAAGCUUCCAGGGGCUCCCCAGUUUGUGCUCUGUAUUCUUCCUGAGCGGAAAAAUUCUGACAUUUAUGGUCCAUGGAAAAAGAAGCUUUUAUCUGACCUUGGCAUCCCUACCCAAUGUAUAGCACCUGCAAAAAUCAAUGACCAAUAUUUGACCAAUGUGCUUCUAAAAAUCAAUUCCAAGUUGGGUGGGAUCAACUCCUUGCUAGCUGCUGAAAGUUCACUGCAAAUUCCUAUUAUAUCCAAAAUUCCCACAAUUAUUCUGGGUAUGGAUGUUUCCCAUGGUUCUCCUGGUCAAUCGGAUAUUCCGUCAAUUGCUGCGGUCGUUAGCUCGAGAGAUUGGCCAUUUAUAUCAAGGUAUAGGGCUUCUGUUAGAACACAGUCCCCAAAGGUGGAGAUGAUUGAUUCGAUGUUUAAACCACAGCCGGAUGGUAAUGACACAGGACUUAUUAGGGAGGCAUUAGUGGAGUUUUUUGUGAGUAGCAACAAGCGAAAGCCGGAGCAAAUGAUAGUUUUCCGGGAUGGGGUCAGCGAAUCACAGUUUACCCAAGUCUUGAAUAUUGAAGUUGACCAGAUCAUUCAGGCAUGCAACCACCUUGAGGACGGUUACAGGCCAAAAAUUACCGUGAUUAUUGCACAAAAGAAUCACCAUACAAAAUUAUUCCAGAAAGACUCUGAUACUAAUGUUCCCCCAGGUACUGUUGUGGAUUCUGUGAUUUGUCAUCCUCGAAACUAUGAUUUCUACAUGUGUGCUCACAAUGGGCCAAUUGGUACUUCAAGGCCAGCUCAUUAUCAUGUUUUGAUGGACGAGAUUGGGUUCAGGCCUGAUGACCUGCAAAAUCUUGUGCACAGUCUAUCGUAUGUCUAUCAGAGGAGUACAACUGCCAUAUCCAUAGUUGCUCCGAUCAGUUAUGCCCAUCUGGCUGCUUCUCAGAUGCAGCAGUUCUUGAAGGCUGCAGAUGACAAUUCAGAUGCUUCUUCGAGCCACAGUGGUGGCGGUAGUGGUGUGUCGUCUGCUGGAUCUGUUCCUGUGCCGGAGCUGCCUAAGCUUCAUAGUGAUGUUUCGAGCUCAAUGUUCUUUUGUUGAAAAUUAAAAAAACCAUAGAACUGGAUAAUUACUGGUUAGUAAUUUCAUUUUGUGAAUAGAUGACUGUUUGAACAGGUUAGGCAAAAAGGUUUGAGCCUUUAAUCUUGAAACUAUGGUGUCUGUACAUAUUGCUCACCCCUUGUCUCUUGGUUUAAUGGCUAAGGGAUUAGGUUUCAUGGGUGACUGUAUUUUGUUUGACUUGACAUGUUGGCUUCUUCUAUGGUGUUAGAAGCCAUCUUAGGUAACCGGUUUUCUUCGCUUGACUAGUUCUGUUUUUGGGACAUAAUAUGGCUUCUGUGGUGUUUAGAAGCGGUAUUUGGACAAUUGAUGGAUGUACAGUGUGAAUGACCUUCAACGAAAGUUUACUCUCCCUCUUUCUCAACACA